UAUUAAAGAAAGAAAUACCAAUUGUGGUAGUAUCCUUCCUACCAACUAAUGCCACUACACAUUAUAUAUUUAAAGAGCAACCAAACCCUAUAAACACAAAUUAAGAAAAAAAGAUUGCAAGUGAUCACAAAAAAUGUCUACACUCAACAUGCAUGCAACUAUCCUCGGCAAGCCAGUAAGUUGUCUCCACAACUGGAGAGCUUCGAAAGCAUGGCCCGUCUCGUGCACUGCACCUGUGGCUCGCCUCCGGGCUUCUUGCUCCGUACAACAAGAAGUUCGUCGAUCCGGAAACUACCAGCCUACCCGUUGGGAUUUUAGUUACAUUCAAUCUUUAAACUCUCCAUAUGAUAAGGAGGAGAAGCACUUAAGUAGGAGAGAAGAGCUGAUUGUGCAAGUGAAGAUAUUGCUGCAAGACGAAAAAAUGGAACAUGUUCAACAAUUGGAAUUGAUUGAUGACUUGAAAUAUUUGGGAUUGUCUUACUUUUUUCAAGAUGAGAUUAAGGAGAUUUUAGGUUUUAUACAUAGCCACCACAAAUGCUUCCACAAUAAUGAAGCAUGUGAUCAAAGUGGUUUGUAUUUCACAGCUCUUGGAUUCAGAGUUCUCCGACAACAUGGUUUUGAUGUGUCCCAAGAAGUAUUUGAUUGCUUCAAGAACGAGGAAGGGGGUGAUUUCAAGGCAAACCUUGCUCAAGAUACCAAAGGGAUUAUACAACUUUAUGAAGCAUCUUUCCUUUUGAGAGAAGGUGAAGAUUCAUUAGAGCUUGCAAGGGUAUUUUCCACAAAGUGUUUGCAGAAAAAACUUGAUGAAGGUGGUGAAGAUAAUCUAUCAUCAUGGAUUAAACAUUCUUUGGAUCUUCCUCUUCAUUGGAGGAUUCAUAGACUAGAGGCAAGAUGGUUCUUAGAUGCUUAUGCAAGAAGGGCGGACAAUAAUCCACUUAUUUACGAGCUUGCCCUACUCGAUUUUAAAAUUAUGCAAGCAACAUAUCAACAAGAACUCAAAGAUAUAUCGAGCUGGUGGAAUAGAUCAUGCCUUGCUGAAAAACUCCCAUUUGUGAGGGACAGGAUUGUGGAGUCCUACUUUUGGGGUGUUGGGUUGUUUGAGCCAAGUCAAUAUGGAUAUCAAAGAAUAGCAUCUGCCAAAAUGAUUAUGUUGGCAACAGUUAUAGAUGAUAUUUACGAUGUAUAUGGUACGGUGGAGGAGUUGCAACUAUUUACCGAUACAUUUCAAAGAUGGGAUACUGAAUCAAUAGGCCAACUUCCUUAUUACAUGCAAGUUUGUUAUUUGACACUCUACAACUUUGUUUCCGAGAUGGCAUAUGAUACUCUCAUCAAAGACCAACAUUUCAUCAGUUUCCCAUGGUUAAUAAAAUCGUGGUACGAUUUGGGUGCAUCGUAUUUAAAAGAGGCAAAAUGGUACUACAGUGGAUAUAUUCCAACCCUAGAAGAAUAUAUGGACAAUUCAAAGGUUUCUGUGGCAUCUCCAAAUAUAAUAUCCCAACUUUAUUUCACAUUGCCAAAUUCAAGUUAUGACAAAUCAACCAUCGACAGUUUGUAUGAAUAUCAUGACAUACUUUACUUAUCAGGAAUGAUUUUGAGGCUUGCCGAUGAUGUUGGGACGGCACAGUUUGAGCUCAAGAGAGGCGACGUGCAGAAAGCAGUCCAAUGUUACAUGAACGACACAAAUGCUUCGGAGAAAGAGGCGAAAGAACAUGUGAUGUCUAUGUUGAGGGAGUCGUGGAAGGAGAUGAACACAGCCAUGGCUGCGGAUCAUCCAUUUGAGGAUAUUUUGGCGGAGUCUGCAGCUAAUCUCGGAAGAGUGGCACAAUUUAUGUACCUCGAGGGUGAUGGUCAUGGCGUCCAACAUUCUGCAAUUCAUAAACAGAUUGCCGGCUUGUUGUUAGAGCCAUACGCCUAAAUAUCUAUCUAUCUAUCUAUCUAUCUAUAGAUCGUUGGCCUGUUGUUAGAGCUAUACGCCUAAAUAUCUAUCUAUCUAUCUAUCCAUUUUUGUUGCUACAUUUUGUCACUUGUCUACCAUAAGAUGGCCUUGCAAUAAAGGUGGUGGAAUUAAUUUUUCUA